AUGGAGUCUCCUGGUGACACCAACACAGACGCUGGCGAGACUACGCCUCUGCUCCCCGGCUCCGAAACUCCCCGACCAAAGCCCGUGCGAACAGUCACCUUCAGCGCCAACCCCGUCAGCCGAACCAUCGAGCCAGAACCUCAUCGCCUCCCAAGGAGCUUUGCUUCACACAAUGUAAAUCUGCAGGGCGGCAGCAGCAUCGUCGCCGGCCCGCCAAUGCUGGCAGCGUUGAAUAGCAAACUACGCCGGCGAAAUAGCCACGGACCCGUCCCUGCGAUUGCUUCGGUACAGGGGCUGCCCAAGAUUGGUCCGCAGAGAAGCACGAAGAAGACCGAAAAGCUCAAACUGCUACCGAAUCCCGACUUUGGCGAUGAGGGCGAAGAUGAGGAAAGUGGAAGAGAUGUCUAUUCUCAGUAUACGCGAAUCAAGGAUCCAACGGCGCGAAGAGAUGCAGCGCGGCUUGGCAAGGCCGAUCGAGACCGACUGCCACGUGUCACGGCGUACUGCACAGCCAAUCGCUAUGAGAUGGACCAACUCAUGAGAUUCCUCAAAGGGCGAGGAAAGACUCGCGGCGCAAACCCGAAGCUUAUUGACGAGUGUAUAUACACGCCGUACAUGUACGGAAAAGGUCGACACAGCAAUGACCUUGCCUCGCCAACUCUGGAAAGACGACACUCCACCGGAGGCGAGCUGGUAGACGGCGAGACUGGGCAGGAGGAUUAUAGGCCUAGGCAUCACGAUCAGGAGGAUUCCGGCUACGGAGAAGCCUUGAUGGUUGACGAUCGCCGGGGGGGAGCGGGCGAGCUUCCCAGCGAAGAGCUGCUUGGUCCUACCAUGCCAGAAGACUUGCCCAUAAAGGAUACGGUGCCUGACUUUGACAUUCAGGUCCAUACGCCAGAAAUCUUCCUGUUUGACUACGGUGUCGUGGUAAUAUGGGGCAUGACGGAGGUGCAAGAGGCUAAGCUUUUGAAGGACAUUUCCAAGUUUGAACUCGAGAAGCUGGCCCCUGAUGAUGUUGAGACGGAGCAUUUCAAUUUCUACUACACGAGGGAAUACCAAGCGCGAAUCUACAAUGAUUUUAUCACGCUGAGAGACAAGAACAACUACAUGACCAAGCUCGCCAUCUCUCACGCGUUGGCACAGAGCGUCAAGACAUCACUCUUCGAAGAACUCAUCGCUUCCACCAUUGAUACCUGCAAAGAUAUUCCUACUCAGAUUGCCCUGACUGGUAAAAUAGCUCUGAACCGGAAACAAAUCAACAUGCAGAUCGGAGAACUCUUCAUCUUGAGAAUCAACAUUCAUCUCAACGGAUCCGUGCUGGAUACCCCUGAGCUGUUCUGGGUAGAGCCCCAGCUAGAACCGGUCUAUCAAGCAGUCCGGAGCUAUCUUGAGAUGGAUCAACGAGUUGGUCUGGUGACGGAGCGGCUGGAUGUAAUUGCCGACUUGCUGGCUGUUCUUAAAGACCAAUUGACCCACGGCCACGGCGAAAUGCUCGAAUGGAUAGUAAUCAUCUUGAUUGCCAUGGAGAUCUUGGUAGCUGCGAUAAACAUUGUCGUGGAUCUAUAUGCUGGGGAAGCGUGA